AUGGCCGUGGAUGCCCUCCACGUCGCCUCCUGGGCUUAUAACUACGUUGACCGAAACCCUAGCCCCCACCUCGUCCAGCCCCUCCUGGAUCCCCCUUCGCCCCGCUCCUCAUCUGCUCGUUUUCGAGCUCGAAAGCUCUGCGGUCACCAUUGUCUCACCCUUGUUACCGCGGCUACCGUCCUCGCCGUCCCUCAGGAGCACGUCCAGGAGGUCCGCCAAGGUCGCCUUCGUCCGUUCCGGGCAUCGAUUCGAGCCGAGGCGCUGCGUAGCAGUCUUCAUCUUCAUCUUCUCCGCACGGCCGCCACCACCUCGUCGUCGUUGCCGCUGCUCCGAGACUCCCCCGACCUCCUAACCUCGUCCACAAGAACCGGCGUGAGCUCCUCCCUCGGAUCCCUUUUUUUCGUUCGAUUUGGACGCCCUGCUACCCACUACUGCUACUCUACGGCUCCUGCUAGUGGCCGUUGCCGUUGCCCUAGGCUGCUGCUGCCGCACGAGCUGUUCUUGACCGCACGCCCGCCUGCGCCUCUGACCGCGCGUCGCCGAACCCCCUGCUCCUCGUGCCACCGCCCCCUGCUGCUAGAGCGCGCGCCCGCGCCGUUUCGUGCCCCCCCCCCCCGCGCCACCGCGCCUCCCCCGCCGCCUACCGUUGCUCGCCUGCCGGCGUUCUCCGCCGCCGUCGCCCCCAACCGCCCCGCCUCCAUCACCGAGCCGCCGCGGCCGCCUCCGCCGCUCCGCGACCGGCUCCCCCGGGGCUCGGCCUCUGCCCCGCGGUGCCGCGCCCAGCACCUGGCCAUGCCCGCAGCCACCGGGCUCGCCGCCGUCCUGCGCCCCGCCAGGGACCGCCCUUGCCCCGCGGCCAUCCCCUGUGCCCGGGCGGGCUUCGCCCCGCACACGCCCGCUACACUUCCCCCUGUUUUGGCCCCAUGGGCCACUGACCCAGGGGCCCCACGCCCCUUUUUCUAA